AUGUCUCAGUUUCAUUUUUAAGUUUAGAGAUCAUGAGAUGCAUUAGUGAGAAAAAGAAAUGAGAUGACACCUUGAUAUGACCCUUUCAUGCAUUCACACACACAAAUACUGUCAUUCAUAAAAAACCAUUGAGAGGCAGUCUUGUAUCCUCUACAAGUUCGGAGAUAGAAAAGAACACAUACAGAGAGAUAUGGCAGAUAAUCCUGUCUACUUUCUACUGAAUAAACUUGAGGUUUGGCUAGAGGCAGAAUGGAACUUGCCGGAAAAGAUUAGUACAGAGGUUGAAAGCUUGAGAGGUGAAUACAGAACCAUUAGCGCACUUCUGAAGGAUGCUGAUAGCGAAACAGAGCACACUCACCUAGUCACUGACUGGCUUCAACAAGUCCGAGAUGGGGCUUAUGACAUCGAGAAUGUUCUCGACUUUUUUACGUUUCACAUGGCUCAACAGUAUGUUAAACACGGCAAGUACUUCACCAAGUGGAAAACAAACCACGACCUCAAGGAAUCGAUUGAACAAAUUAACAAGAAACUCGCAAGCAUCAAAGAGACAAGGAACAGAUAUCAUAACAUCAGUACUCCCAAGCCUCAAGUUCAAUUACUGGAAACCACACAUACCAUCAUCCAAGAAUAGCUUCUCUGUUUGCUGAAGACACUGAUAUUGUGGGGAUUGAAGAACCAAAGCAUACACUGGUUUCUUGGGCACUAGGAGGGAGGCAUAGUCUCGAGGUGAUGUUUGUAGUUGGGAUGGGAGGAUCGGGCAAAACAACUCUUGUUAAGAAAGUGUUUGAGACGGUGAAGGAUGAAGGAUUUGAGUGCCAUGCUUGGAUCACUAUUUCAAGGUCAAGAAAGGAACCGGAGAUCUUAUGCAGGAUGUUCGAUGAAUUCUGCAUUCCAACAGUCGAGCCAACUCCCCCGAGGUUCUCCAACGUCAACGAGGUUGACCUGGUUGAUCACAUAACCAAAAAACUAAGGGAGCAUCUGCAAAACAAAAGGUACGUUGUAGUUCUUGAUGAUUUGUGGAUUAAAGAUGUUUGGGAAACCAUUAGAUAUGCAUUACCUAGUGGUAAUCACAGUAGAAUAAUUGUCACUACACGGAGAAGCGAUAUAGCUUUAUCAUGUUCAUGUAGAGAUAACUCUACUGGUGUCUAUAACAUCUAGCCUCUUCCUAUGGAAAAGGCUCAACAACUCUUUUGCAAGAAGGCUUUCCCAGGAAGUGGCGAAUGUCCUUCAGGGUUGAAGGACUGGUCCAAAAAAUGCUUAACAAAAUGCGAAGGAUUGCCCCUUGCAAUCAUUGAACUAGGUCAAUUUCUGUCAACUAUAGAAAAAUCUGAAUCGGCAUGGAAAAGGUCGCUUGAAAGCCUAGAAUCAGAGCUGAGCAAAAAUGGCAACCUUUCAAACACCAUGGGAGUACUUUCUCUAAGUUACAGUGACUUGCCAUACCAUCUCAAGUACUGUUUUCUAUACUUGACCAUUUUCCCCGAGAGUAAUUAUCCAGUUAAGUGAAGAGUAUUGAUUCGGCUGUGGAUAGCAGAGGGUUUUAUAAGAGCACAAAAUGGCAAAGAACUUGAAGACAUUGGACAGGACUAUCUAGAAGAACUCACCAACAGGAAUUUGAUUCAAAGUGAAUUAGAUUUUGAUGGGAAGCCAAAAACUUGCCGGGUACAUAAUCUCAUGCACAAGAUUAUUCUCUCAAAGUCAAGAGAGGAGAAUUUUUGCAAUGUUUUUUCAGAAUCACAAAUAAACUUUGGUGACAGGAACCGUCGAUUAUCUGUCCAAAGUAGUGGACUCAACAAGUUGGAUGGGAACCUUAAGAGUGUUCGCACCCUUUUUAUGUUCGGUGUACCCUACAGCUCCAUUCCAAAACCCACUUCAAGCUUGAACUUAUUGAGAGUUCUGCAUCUGGAAGGUGCACCAUUGGAGGAAUUUCCUUCGGAAAUUGUGGAAUUACUGCUCUUGAAGUAUCUGUGUUUGAGAAAGACCAAUAUCAAAAGCAUUCCCAAGUCUCUGGGGAAUCUUAGGUACCUAGAGACCUUGGAUCUUAAGCACACUACAGUGGCAAAGCUGCCUAAAAAAGUCCUCAAACUUGAGAAACUUCCGCAUUUGCUUGUUUAUCACUAUGACAUACAAAAUUAUACUACUUUUGAAUGUGUUAAAGGAUUUGAGGUAUCAGCAAAGAUCAACUCACCCAACUUACAGAAGCUAUCAUUCAUAAAGGCAAAUCGGCAUCACAAAGUGAUUCAAGGGCUAGGAAAUUUGACACAACUGAGAAAGUUGGGGAUCAUUGCUCUUCGAAGAAAAGAUGGGUCAAAGUUGUGCCAGUCAAUUGAUCAGCUGCAAAACCUCCAUUCCUUGAACGUAACAGCAUUACACAAGAAUGAGGUUGUCGAUCUACAAGCAAUUACCAAUCCUCCAACAUUUCUUAAACGCCUGUACCUGAAAGGGCGGCUAGAAAGGUUACCAAUUUGGAUUUCCAAACUUAAUGCCUGUCAAGGAUACGUCUUAAGUGGUCCAAGUUAGCACACAACUAUAACCCCAUUGAUAUCCUUCAAGAUCUUCCUAAUCUAUUGGAGCUCCAUCUGCUCGAUGCCUACUGGAAACCAGUUAGAUUUCACUGCUAGAAAAUUUGGAACUCUUAAGAUCUUGGAACUUGAGCAAUUGGAACCAUUGAGAAAGGUCAUAAUGGCAAAGACUACCUUACCUCGUCUUCAAAAGCUGAUCAUAAGGCGAUGCAGUAACUUGCAGCAGGUUCCAGUGGGCAUUGAUAACCUCAAUCACCUCAAAGAGCUUCACAUGUAUGAUAUGCCCAACGGAUUUGUGGCCCAGCUCAGGAAUGGUGGAGCAUCGCGUCAUCUGGUUCACCAUAUCCCUAACAUCCUAUGUUAUGUCCUUGAGAAGAAUAAUUGGGUGCUAGAAGAUCUCAAUCCCAUAGCUCAUCCUAUUUGAUUCAUAGUCCAACUUUCAAUGGGCGCACAUACACAGUAAUCAGGUCAGCUCAAUCACAAUCGAGUUAUGUUCCUUGUAAUUCCAUCAUUUUUGCUCCAUCAAAAUAAGAUGUACUGAAUGAUGAAGUAAUUUUUUAUAGGAAAACUACAAUCUGAACACAACUAAUAUCUGUUUUAUAAGUAAGUCUUAUCAUCUUCGCACACUUAGUGCUUAGUUUGAUUAACCAAUUUUAUUCCACAGGGUGUAGAGAAAAAAGCAAAAGCUGAUUGAGGCUGAGAUGGGUGUGGCGUGCCAAUAAAUCAGAAAUUGCAGUACAUGAAAAGUAACCGAGAUGUUGCCAAUAAAUCAGAAAACAGAAACAACAGGCAAAUAAAAGUUGUGGCACCAUUCAAUGAUGUAGAAGAUCUAGCUAAGAACUAUUACAUGAUAUUUCAUUGUUGGACUUCUUAAAUGUAUUGUAUUUGUGUUAAGUACUGUAAUUGAUUUGGGUUUGGAGUCCUCUUUCUUCUUUGGUAAGCGGUUUGGAGUCAUUUUUGGUGUAAA